CUAUUUCCAACACGGAUGAGUCAGCUUCGUCGUCCGCCGACAGCGCCGACGUUCAGGAACACGUGGCACUGUAUUUAAGAGGAACACAGAGCGGUGCCGUUCAUUCCGCCAGGGAUUGAUAUCUGGUGUUUGCAGUAGCAGUGUACAGUAUAGGGAUUAUAGAGUCGCCGAUCAAUAUACCCACGGAGAUGAGCAAAAGAAAAGCACCGCGAGCCAGUAAUUGCUGGGUUUCUUCACUCUCUAAUCAAACGUCAAAGAUGGAGUUUCUGCUAAAUGUCGCGAUUUGGGCACUUUUGCUCGUCCACGUGGACUCUGCAGGGAAGGAACAUUCCUUAGUGGAUCAUUUGAACAAUAUGAAGGUUUCCUCCUUACACGCUGAUGAACCUCCAUCAUCAUCAUCCUCAUCAUCCUCUAGCUCGUAUAAUGGAGGAUCUGAGCCAAUUGCAGAAGCUGAGAAUACCACAGUGGACACCGCUGUGCUGGAUUACCUAAACUCCACAACCUUGAAUGAAACCUCCGAUUUGGACCCAAGCACACUGAUCCAACCCAAAGCUAAGGAAAAUAACACAGGCAAUGACACUAAAAUCCAAGUUCCAGAAAAGCUAUUGCCAAAGGCCCUGGCUGAAAUAACCUCACACCACCUAUCCUCCUCCAACACCACCCUCUCCAACUCAACCACCAACACCACCUCCACCACCGCUGCCGCCGCCGCCACCACCAACGCCACCGCCGCCACCGCCUACACCGCUCCUACCUCCGACCCCCCAAAUACAGAGCAGGCACUCUCCUCCACCCAAACUCCCAGCACACCGACCACCAUAUCCCACCAGCCCAACCCAGCCCCAAACACCACAGCUACACCCGCGCCCACACCCUCCCACCCCAGCGGACCAGCUGCCCUUACCAGCAGCACCAGUGGCAGCUCGAUCCCUGCCUCCGAAGCGCCAAAAGAUGUCCCCAGUACCCAGCAGCACAGAGAGCCCUCCUCUGCACGCCCCAAGAUCACUGCUGAAACCUACAGGGCAGGCACGCUGGCGACAUCCACCACCACGUCGAGCAACUCCUCCACCCAGACCGAAGCACAUGCCAACACCCCCUCUCCGCUCAGCGUGGAAGUCACCGAGAAGGCCGUAGACCCCCUAGUGGCGGGUCUGGUGUCGGCCUUCAUCGCCACCGCAGUCGUCAUCACCCUUCUGCUCUUCCUCAAACUGCGCAGGAGAGACAACCGGCCCCAGUUUCACAGGCUCCAAGACUUGCCGAUGGAUGACAUGAUGGAGGACACGCCUCUGUCCAUGUACAGCUACUGAUGGAGAGAGGGUGGAGGGGCAGGCAGCAGCCACCAGACGGCCUGAAAGUCCAACACAACCUCACAGUAGUCUCUCGAUAAGAGUGCCCUUUCCUUUCUCUGCACCACAAAGAAGGGAUACCGGGUUAGGUCUGUUACGCCUGUUCUGUAAGUUCAGUUGAAUGUGCAUCUCUAGAUCCUCAGAGAUGGCGGCUGAAACGGCAAUUGAGAAAUAAGGAUGUUGCCCAUGUUGGGAGGAUCCUUCUAACAAAAUGUAAAUGUAAACUAUGGAUAAAUAUAUAUUAUAUAUUGUGAGACCUUACCACACAACCACAACUUAGGCAACAACACCUGAACACCUGAUAUAAUUUUUUUAUUGUUUUUGAGGGUUUAUGUUAAGAGACCUUAGGAUAAGGAUAUGAUGAGGCGGAAUUACACACUUCAUUCUCGUGUCCUUACCGAGAAGGAAAAAGCAGUAGCACCAGCUGGCUGGGUUCACAAUAGCUGUUCUUGUCACCAAUGUGUUUGAUGAGUUUGUUUUGGAGGAAGGUAGUGGUAAUCUGUUAGGGAUCCAUCUAUGAUCAGCCUUGGUCGCCCCACUUCCCUGCUGCUUGCCAUUUUAAAGGUCUGAUCGUUGGGCUACUAGGCCUGAGUGGGGUAUUAAACAAUUAUUUAACUGAUGCAUGGGAGUAAGUUGUUCUGUUUUGGGUAAGGAGGAAGAUCAGCUUUUUGUGUCAAAAUACCCAAGGGAUGUAUUAGGAUCUUAAUACGCUAAAAAUGGCAUGUCAGUAGUAUCCAAUUACCAAAACCAAACACCAUGGUUGGGUCAUGCUAUUGAAUCCAACUGUAGUCAUGCGUCAGUUAAGGAUUGUACGUUUAAAGAGUACCUACACACUAGAUUACUUUGGGGAAUUUCCUAUUCUAAAAAAAUAAACUAAAACCGUGAAAGGCUUUGUACACUGUUAGCAUACAUUUCCGAUCAUUAGCAUGGUCAGGUAACAUCAUCUCUAUACUGUAGACCUUUAACCACAUUUAAAAUACAGCAUGGAUCAUCUUUAAAACAAGACAAAUCGUAAGCAAAGGUCUGUCUAUGCUAUUAUAUAAAACACCAUCUAAAGUGUUAUUAUUACAUUGGUCAUCCAAACAUUAGAUUAACAACUGCCUUCAUUUAUGUUUUAUGGUGCAUUAACGAUGAUACAUUUGUUUUUCAUAUGUUUCUCAUUCUUAGCUUCGUAAUUUAUAACGGCUACACUUUGCUAUAAAAUUUAUUUUGCGAUCAUUGGCGCGACAAUUUUAAUUAAAACUUCACAUUUAGCCAAUCUAAUACAUUGCUCUGGUAGUGUCUAUUAAUAGUCAGGUGUUAUGGUGUUGACAUCCAAUUAUCGAAAACACUGAUGUAAAAAAAUAUAGGGUGAUAGAAGCAUCAGUACUUGCUAGAGGAGGACUCUAAUCUCUGAUAGGAAGCAGGAUAUCAACAAGGUGAUCUCGUUGGUAUUUACUCUUUUACAAGGUUGCACUUUAUGUUUAAAGGAUUGCAGAAAAGGGAAAAAAGUAAAUAGUUUAUGUGAUUGAGAUGUGAGGUGUGUGUGUGUGUGUGUGUGUGUGUGUGUGUGUGUGUGUGUGUGUGUGUGUGUGUGUGUGUGUGUGUGUGUGUGUGUGUGUGUGUGUGUGUGUGAGUGUGCGUGUGUAUAUAUUUGCGCAUGCCCGCGCGUGUGUGUCUGUCCAUACUAUCGCAUCGUUUGUCUAUGUGUUUACACAUAUUUUUAAAUGUGCACGGGUCGAUAUGGUAGAGGGUAUUUAAGUGUUUUUACUGAAUGCAAAAUACUGCUGUACUUUCUUUUGCUUUAGUGUUUAUUUUUUAUUCUUUCCUGAGAUCAAUAGUCCAAGAUAGUGCCUUGUACAGGGUAGGGACGACUCUUAUUGUAUACUGUGUAUGUCUGUAUUGUAUUCAUAUUCACACGCUCUAUUCUCUCAGCUCUACCAGUCAUUCAAAGUGCAAUGCUUUCAUCCCAACACAAGCAGACACAUAGGACUUUGGUGCAGCUUGUACAUGCCUGAAUUUGCCAAUGGGCCUGAGCAGAUUCCUGUGUUUGUCCAUCAUUCAUACCGGGGCAAAUCAAAGUUAUAAUCUGCCUCCCUUUUAGAUACGUAAGAAAGAAAGUUGUUGGUUGGCUACAGAUGACGGGUGCAUCAAGCCAGGCAAAUCGAUAGAAAACAAAAGUAAUGUCGCUAACACUUUCAACUUUAUGAAGAGUUGACUGGAAGAUGAAAGGCAUCUUCCAUUGAUUAUAGUUCUAGAACCUUGAAGAAAUAAAAAAAAUUUACGUGUUAAGUUGAACACUGAGUGUGAAUAAGAACAAACGUGCAUUUAUUGAAUCGGAAAACUUGCCAAUUAUUUCUCAUAAUGCACUGCCUAAAAUUAACUUGCCAUUAUCUGUUGUGUAGUUGCUUGAUAAUACAUGUUCCAUGACUAGCAAUGUGUAGUCAUAAAUUAAACACGCCAGCUUAUUUUUUACAUUAAAGCAUUAUGUGUUAACAUCAUUCAUUGCAUUAUCAGGAUUUCAAUUCUGCUGUAGAUGAUGGCCUGAUCUCUUGAUGUUUGAUUAAAGUUAUUUUUUAAGCCAU